CAGUAUAAGAGAAUGUGAAUAUUAUAUUCCUAAAACAAUGUUCACGAAAUAUAUGAUUAUUAGUUCUUGGUUUGGCCGUUGGUACCUGGUGGCGCUGAGAUCUUGGAUCGCACAAUGGCUGCCCAUUGGCAGUCCAUAGGUAUAUAGUCAAAGGUUGUGCGUGAUUCGCGGCCGCCUUCAUACGUAUCCCUCGUAAAGCUCGAAUCAUCGGGGGUCGGGGGCAACGACGGGAUCUCCUCACGGACGAUAAGAGGCGGCGCGAGUGUGGUGCGUUUGCGAACGCGGUUAAAAGGCGACUCGAUGGACACGGUUCGCCUGUCAAAUAUACGAAUAUUCACGCGUUGACGCUCGUUUGAAAUGCACUCGGCGGCGUUUUGAGAGGACGUGCGAUGUGGCCGACGGCGACGACAACUAUCUCGAUAUCACGCGCGAACCGCGUCGAGCUCUCGUGAGGUCCGCCGUACAGAACAUGAACCCAGAAUCUCAACGGCAGUGUUGUGUAUUACUGCGAUGAAAGAUGCCAACACUUAAGAAGCUCUGCUUCUGUUGAAGUGGUUCUGGUUCAAGAGGCCUGCUAAAGCACAAUGAGAGCCAUUGUAUCAAUCACGCUGAUCACACUGCUGUGUGGUAUAAGUUUAGCCCCCAUCAAUGCCAGUAGAUUAUGUGCCAGUAGAAAGAAAAACAUUGAAAGUCUUUCCUUGAAACAGAACUCAGCAGGCGUACCUGAAACAGGCGUAUCCAGUGACCAUAAUGUAGACAAAGACAUCAAAUUUGAAGUAUGCAAUAAUUUCUGUCAUGCAUUGUGGCAAGAGGAUAAGACUGCGAAUGGUACCAAAAUUACGAUUUUGUCUCAAGGCUGCUGGAAACAAUCCGGCGAGCAGAAAUGUGAAAAUACAGAAUGCGUCGCACUCCAGAGAUCCACAAAGGCUUUGAACAACACGAAAUUUUGCUGCUGCCAUGGAGACUACUGUAAUCUUAAUAUUACAAGUUCCAACCUCGCUUAUUCGGAUAGCAAGAUACCCAAUCCCUUUUCUACACAGAAAAGUCAGCCGACUACGGAAUAUCUGGAACAGUCGAACUCUGAACGAUGGAUGCUUAUCGCAGUGAGCAUCAUUGCGUGCACGCUGCUAGUGAUAUGUACCAUAGCGAUGAUCCUGUACAGGACGUAUCGUAACAAUAUUUUAGCGAGAUUAGGAAAGCCGUUAUCUUAUAAUGAUCAGUUUAUGGAUAGCACAGCGUUAAGAACCGGUACUUACACCGUCGAUCACUUGAAACUCACGACUAUCGUAGGUCAAGGACGUUAUGGAUCAGUUUGGCAGGGCAGUAUGGGAGAUCAGGACGUCGCGGUCAAAAUAUAUCCUUCGCACUAUCGCAACUAUUUUCAGAACGAGAGAGAUACUUACUGUUUGCCGUUCAUGGAACACCCGUCGUUAUUAAGUUACUACGGUGUGGAUGAAAGAACGAGCAUGGAAGGUAGCGUCGAGUAUCUUCUAGUGCUCAGUUUUGCUCCGGGCGGUAGCUUGACAGAUUUCUUGCGCACACACAUCAUCGAUUGGGCCAUGUUCUGCAAAAUGAGCCUUUCUAUAGUUAAGGGACUUGCAUAUUUACAUACAGACAUACGCAAAGGCGAGAAAUUCAAGCCGUGCAUCGCGCAUAGGGACAUAAAUUCGAGGAAUAUAUUAAUCAAAGCUGAUGGCACUUGCUGCAUUUGCGACUUGGGCUUGGCGGUGCAAAUCUCGGGGUCCAAGUAUUACUCGAACGGGGAGGAGCAGCACGCCGAGUUAAAAUCAAUCAACGAUGUGGGUACUCUGAGAUACAUGGCGCCAGAAGUGUUGGAGGGUGCUGUCAAUUUGCGCGACUGCGAGAGUUCUCUGAAGCAGAUAGACGUUUACGCGACGGGGCUAGUCCUCUGGGAGCUGGUCACGAGAUGCUCCGACAUUUAUAUUCCUGGAUCGGAAGUGCCGCAGUACAAACAGCCGUACGAAAAUGAAAUAGGUCUUCAUCCGACAUUCGAGCAGAUGCAGGUCUUGGUGUCACGGAACAAAGCCAGGCCGCUCUUGGAGGGGAAUUUGGUAGACAGGCCAGGAGUGCGUUUGAUCAAGGAAACGAUGGAGGAUUGUUGGGACGCCGAUGCCGAAGCUCGUUUAACCGCUUUGUGUAUAGAGGAACGACUCUCGGAGAUGCAGUCUCAUCGCGUGACGAUGCACUUCACCGAUGGAAGUCCGAUGGUGAAUCCCCAUUGCACCUUAGUGCCUUCUACGACGAACAGUCUUUACAGCGAGUCCUCGCAUCACGAUAAUGUACAUGUUGUUCAACUUGCACUCAAUGCGGCGCAAGAUGGUAAUACUAGCGAUAGUGCAAUAGUCGAGAACUUAGUUACGUUAUCGCCCUCCGACAGCGUUGUUCACGAACACAGUUUUAAAAAUUCGAACGAAGUGGCGACGUAUAAUCAUACCCAGGCGCUGCAGCCGUAUCAGGGCAGAAAUCCAUGUAUGGAGAGAAAUUUGAUGCUGCCGUCAGACUCGUUGGAGGACCUGGGCUGCAACGGCAACGUCCUCGUCGACAAGUCGCUGAAGCACGCGUGCAACGAUCAAUACAAGACCGCGACGGAGGUGCAAGGUCUGGUUUCGCACGAUUACUUAAGCCAGCACACGACCCAGUUAACGCAGCUCAGGCCGGCGACGCCUAUACCUUACGUGCAGAACGUUAUUUCCGACGAAGGCUCGUCCUCGUACGGCAAGCGCAAGCAGACCAACAUCCACGACUCUUCUCUCCAAGAAAACCCACGGAAGAAGCUGUUUGCCUGGCCCAACAUCAAAAAACUGUUGAUUAAUAAGAGGAUGUAUCCGUACAGCAGAUACCAAAUAGACAGGGAGGACUCCAAGUCGAACUUGCUGUCGAAGCAGAACGUCCAGAUCAAGACCGUCGAGACGAACGUGACGAUCUCGCCCGGUGGGAAAUACGUGAACGGCAUCAUCGGCAAGACGUCGACGUCGACGGUGCCGGUGGAGAAGAACGACAAGAACGCCGCGCAAACGGGGAAGCAGAAGCAAUACGAGGACGACAGCACGACGUCCAGCUCGCGUCCUUCCACUUUGCCGCUCGUGAGUCUGAGGAAUAAAAAGAGGGAGAAUAAUCUGAGCAGGCAACAGAGCAUCGACAAGUUCAACGAAGUCUUCAACGUCGGUUCCAACGUGAACAACGCGCUCAAGGAUCCGCAUAUGAGAAUAAAGACACCCGGCGACCUGCCGCCGUCCGUGAGGAAGAUCCGCGGCCGCGCGCAGUCGACGGCGAGAUUCUCGCUCUACGACGAUCGCAUGAUGUGCAAUAUCCUGAACGAGGAGGACGACCGGAGCGACAAGGCCAUUUGGAAUUCUGUGCCAUUCGGUAUGGAUCUCGGUGAUAGCGACGGGAAACACUCACCAACGAAACUCAGUACCAAAAAUGUUACGUGCUUUUAAUCAGAUUACGAUAAUUAAUGUCUUUUGUAAAGUCUCAAUGUUCUUAAGUUAGUCAGAGGCAGCGAAGUGCCGAGAUAGAGCGGAGAUACUUCCAGUUUUGUGUACAGAAAAAAAAAACUUGUCUGUAAGUAUACAAGUAAGGUUUUAUACCCGAUGCAAAUACAUUACCGUAACCUGUAGACACUAAGCGAUAAAAUUAAAAAGAGAUUCGAAGGGGGAGGAACGUGAAAGCCUCGGAGGGGCUGAUCGUGCUGUUUGAUUGGUUCGUCAUGUUACAUUAGUAGCGUACUUCGUGCAUCGUGAAUGUUUUUGGCGAGGUAGACGGAUUGAGUAUCUAACUAGUGCACAUGAUAAUUAUUAUAGAUAGAGAAUAGAGAAUCAAAUUGUGUCUUUCAAUCUAUGUGCGCUGAAUUGUAAGCACUGGAUUUAUUUCUCGUGAUUCCACUUUCGUAUGUAUCGUAUCUGUGAAUCGUCAUUCUUUAUAGCUCGAUGCUCCUUUCCAUUUGGUAUCUAUAGAAUUUAAUGGAUUUUCAGUGUAAUCGAUAAACACAUAGACAAUCAAUGUUAACAUUUACAUGAGGUUGUAAAAUAUUGUUAACAUCUUGAUGUGACUGUCGUUUUACUUGUUUCGCGACAUUAAAAGACAUAAUCUCUCUCUUUCUCUCUCUCUCUGUCUCUCUGUGUAAUGUGAGACAACAAUCUCUUAAUGUUGAUAUUUCUAUAAUAUUCUCAAUUCGAUAUUAUUAGCUUAAAAGACUCGUGAAAUGGCGGCGAAAGUAAUCCAAAGCUCAUUUCUUUUUAUUACCGAUUUUUUUAUUAUCGAUGUGUACUUCGUGCGAGAAUGAAUCCUGAACUCAUUUUUAUACGUGACAUGGUAAUUUUAAGUUUUAAACAAGUUGUGCAACAAGUUUGUUCAUUAAUAUGCAACGAUCUUUAUCAGAUAUGCGAUUCUACAAUUAAUGCAAAGCCAUUAAUAUUUAAUGUAAGUCAUUAUAAUUGUACAUUAGAAAUAGCGAAAAGAUAUAUUUGAGCACAAAGUAUCAUUGUAUCGAGUUAUGAAAAUUAUUUUUCCUGAUCCUACGAGCUCAGUGUAAAUACCUGUAGUGUAAAAAAAGACUAUUCAAAUUCGUUAAAUGUAUUUGUUAUGUUAUUUUAUGUUAUAUUAUGUUGAAGGUAUCAUAAAUUCUUAUGUUAUAUAUAUUUUGCAGUACUUUUAUCGUAUGACACGUUACAUUAUCGACAAAAUUAAGACAAAAUUAAAUACGAUUAUGUAAUUCAUAAUAAAGUACGUCUUUUGUCGAAAA